GCGCAUGUGCAAGCCACCCGAGGCUGGAGUCUUCUUUGCCGCUUAGGCGGCCGCGGUCCCGUGCAGUGGAUUUGAGUCUCGCGCUUUCUUCGUUCGCUCGCUGGCGGGUUCGCGCCUCUCUCACAUCCUCGGGCAGCGAGGCUGGGGAAGGGGUUGGAGGGGGCUGUUGACCGCUGCCUUUAAGUUGUGCUCGGGGCGGCCAUGUCGGCCGGCGAGGUUGAGCGCCUAGUGUCGGAGCUGAGCGGCGGGACCGGAGGGGAUGAGGAGGAAGAGUGGCUCUAUGGCGGCCCAUGGGACGUGCAUGUGCACAGUGAUUUGGCAAAGGACCUAGAUGAAAAUGAAGUUGAAAGGCCAGAAGAAGAAAAUACCAGUGCUAAUAAUCCUCCAUCUGGGACCGAGGAUGAAACUGCUGAGAACGGCGUACCUAAACCGAAAGUGACUGAGACUGAAGAUGACAGUGAUAGUGACAGUGAUGAUGAUGAGGAUGAUGUUCAUGUCACUAUAGGAGACAUUAAAACGGGAGCACCACAGUAUGGGAGUUAUGGUACAGCACCUGUAAAUCUUAACAUUAAGACAGGAGGAAGAGUUUAUGGAACUACAGGAACAAAAGUCAAAGGGGUAGACCUUGAUGCACCUGGAAGCAUUAAUGGAGUUCCACUCUUGGAGGUAGAUUUGGAUUCUUUUGAAGAUAAACCAUGGCGUAAACCUGGUGCUGAUCUUUCUGAUUAUUUUAAUUAUGGGUUUAAUGAAGAUACCUGGAAAGCUUACUGUGAAAAACAAAAGAGGAUACGAAUGGGACUUGAAGUUAUACCAGUUACCUCUACUACAAAUAAAAUUACGGCCGAAGACUGUACUAUGGAAGUUACACCAGGUGCAGAGAUCCAAGAUGGCAGAUACAAUCUUUUAAAGGUACAGCAGGGAAGAACUGGAAAUUCAGAGAAGGAAGCAGCACUUCCAUCUACAAAAGCUGAGUUUACCUCUCCUCCUCCUUUGUUCAAGACUGGACUCCCACCGAGCAGAAACAGCACCUCUUCUCAGUCUCAGACAAGUUCUGCCUCCAGAAAAGCCAAUUCAAGCGUCGGGAAGUGGCAAGAUAGAUAUGGGAGGGCCGAAUCACCUGAUUUAAGGAGAUUACCUGGAGCAAUCGAUGUUAUUGGUCAGACUAUAACCAUCAGCCGAGUUGAAGGAAGGCGGCGGGCAAAUGAAAACAGCAACAUACAGGUCCUUUCUGAAAGAUCUGCUACUGAAGUUGACAACAAUUUUAGCAAACCACCUCCAUUUUUCCCUCCUGGAGCUCCUCCCACCCACCUUCCACCACCUCCAUUUCUUCCACCUCCUCCAACUGUCAGCACUGCUCCACCUCUGAUUCCACCACCAGGUAUUCCAAUAACUGUACCACCUCCAGGUUUUCCUCCUCCACCAGGUGCUCCACCUCCAUCUCUUAUACCAACAAUAGAAAGUGGACAUUCCUCUGGUUAUGAUAGUCGUUCUGCACGUGCUUUUCCAUAUGGUAAUGUUGCCUUUCCCCACCUUCCUGGUUCUGCUCCCUCAUGGCCUAGUCUUGUGGACACCAGCAAGCAGUGGGACUAUUAUGCAAGAAGAGAGAAAGACCGAGAUAGAGACCGAGACCGAGACAGAGACCGAGACCGAGAUCGUGAUCGGGACAGAGAAAGAGAGCGUACCAGAGAGCGGGAACGGGAACGUGAUCACAGUCCUACACCAAGUGUUUUCAACAGUGAUGAAGAACGAUACAGAUACAGGGAGUAUGCGGAAAGAGGCUAUGAGCGUCAUAGAGCAAGUCGGGAGAAAGAAGAACGGCACAGAGAGAGACGACACAGAGAGAAAGAGGAAACCAGACACAAGUCAUCUCGAAGUAAUAGUAGACGUCGCCAUGAAAGUGAAGAAGGAGACAGUCACAGGAGACACAAGCACAAAAAAUCUAAAAGAAGCAAAGAAGGAAAAGAAGCUGGCAGUGAGCCUGCCCCUGAGCAGGAGAGCACCGAAGCUGCACCUGCAGAAUAGGCGUGGUAUCAGCUUUUGUGCAUACUAGUGCCAGAAACAGAUACAAAUCUUGUUUAUUUUUCUGGAUAAUGUUUAAGAAAUUUACCUUUAAUCUUCUGUUAGUAUAAAAUCUUUCCAAAAUAAAAGAGUGAAUUUUUCAUGUUAAGUUAAAAAUCUUUGUUUUGUAAUAUUUAAAAAAUAAGAUAGCAAUGACUUUAUAUCCAAGCAAGUAAUGUGAAUGAGUCACUCAGCAGGGAACUUAAAGAGCUGUGUACAUGCCAGUAUCUGAUAAAGGUCAGGGUUCCACCUUGGCCAUAGUUUUCUUGAGUUAAUCAAAUACUAAGAGGUUGCACUGCAACGGGCACCUGUGAGUCUUGAGAUUAAAACUAGUCUUUUAUCAUUACUGCUGUGGCACUGUUGCUUAGCAUAUUAAAGAACUCAUACAGUUUUAAUAUCACAACUUUUUGAUAGCAGUUUUUCACCCUAAAUUAGGUUCAUGGUGAAAUUGAAUGGGGGAAUUUUUAUAUCUAAAAUAAAUAAUAAGUCUAAUGGUAUUUGGGUGGCCUCUGUGAAGUAACUUAGGGUAAGUGUAGUUUCUAGCAGGCACAUGGACACUCAUCACUGACACAAAUUUGAAUUCCCUCAUGGCUAUCGAGAUGAGCCAUGAUCAAGCUGGUUUGGCUUUUCUUGAUGCUUUUCCCAAGGCUUAUUGGUUGAACAGCAUACAGAUUUUUUAAUGUAGUUACUCACUAUAUAAGUGACAAGAGCUUUUGUUAUCUCCUAUUAAAUCCAAGAAAAAAUAAGUUUGUAAUUCUGUGAGCAUUUUCAGGGUUAACUUUUAGAAGGUAUUUGUCAGUGAUGAUAACAACAUGGUUUUGAAAGAAUUACUAGGAUCUUUUAAAUAGUGAUAAUAGAAAUGAACUUAGUAUCACAUACUUAAAGACAACUAUAAUUUUUAAAAAUAUUUAUUUCUCAUUUGAUGAAAGGAACAUUUUUCAGCAAUGCACUUUUAAAAUCCUCUGGCUGUAAAUUGUUUUUAAAAUACCCAUAAUGUACCCUUGAAGACCUCAGCAUAUACCAGGUUUUUAAUUGUAUGAUUUGAAUUCAUUUGAGGGCAUACAAACCAUUUCAGCUGUUUAAGAGCUUUUUAUUAAAUAGAAAAAUAUAAACUUAGAGUGAUGCAAAAUCCUCCACACUGAAUAAAAACUAUUAGUAAUGUUGUUUUGAGAAUCAUAUAUUUUCUGAGGUGUAAUUAGCUUUCAUUAGAUGAUACUUUUGCUGACAUCAAAGUUCACAUUUUUAUAAUGUAUCCUUUAAAUACAAAAAUUGACAAGAUAAAUACAUUGUUUCAAUUUAACUUAUUUGUGUUUUUCCAUGACACAUCAUUAAUCCUAUAAAAAAGUGCCAGGCCAAGAAACAAUAGUGAGAGUGAUUUUUCCUUUAAGUUCUUUCAGCAUCCUUGCCAAGCAAGCAUGUAUCAUUCCUGAUGUACUUCUACCAUUGACAGCAAGAAGAAUAUCACCACAUCUAAAAAAAAAAAAAAAUUAUUAACAUUUUGAUUCAUAGCUGAAGCUAAUUCAAAUUUAUUUGUUGGUCCUCAUUUUUGCUACAUCUGUCCAUUUCAAUUACAUGACUUCUCUUUUUUUUUUUUUCCCCUCCCUUCCUCACUUAAAUUCUGCAAACUCUUGAUCCACUCAGCUUGCAUUAGAAGGGAUGCUAAAAGUAUAAAGUAAGUUGCUGUAUGGGACCAAGUAACUCUAUAAUCAUUUUGGAUUUCUCACCAAUAAAAUACAUGCCUUUUUUCCAAGUGGGGCCAAGCUUUUACAUGUAUAAAACAAUAUUUGAAUAUAAUUUUUUUGAUUAAAGUUAUUAUUACCUAAUUCUCCCAUCAUUGUAUGCUGGUGUUCCUUCAACAAUGGAUUUGAUAAAAAAAGGUUUGUUCCCACUGUAUUCUUCAUAACCUCCUACAAUGCAGAAGCCCAGACUUCCAGCUGUGUUUCUUCGUAAUAUAACAUCUUUACAGUUACACAGGUACCUGAAAUAGAAUGUAAUCAAUAUAUAAGCAGUUGAGUUGAACUCAUAGUUAAUAAUUAUUGUGAUUCAUCUCCCAUUUCCUUUAUUGGCAUUGUUUUUUAGGUAGAUAGCACUGGAUGGGUCUCACUCAGAGUGUUUCAUAGCCCAUUGACCUUUGUGUUGUUACCUUGCUUUUUAUAAUUGAAUUUCUGUUUUCCAUUGUUAAACACCCUUUAAAAAAAUGACACCAUCUGUUAAGUUUCAUUUAUUUGUCUAUGGGGAAGAGUAAUCAUAGUUCUGGCUUAAAGAACUAUUUAAUGCUUCAAUAUAUAUUAAAAAGUUAGAUAUGCAUAAAUCCUUAUUAGUGAACCAAAGUCAAGCAUACUAAUGGAUGUCACUUUUAUUUUCUGUAGAUACAAUUUUUUUAAAUUGAUCUCAGAAGAAGAGAGGUAGAGAAGAAACAUCAAUCAGUUGCCUC